AUGAAAGAUGAUAAAGUGACUGAUCUUGAUAUCAAGGAAAAGCAGCUAUAGAUUGAAGAAUCAACAACUAAAAUUUUAGAUUAAACUAAAUAGAAGGGAGAAUUAAUUGAAGAAAUCAAUUAAUAGUUAAAAGAAUAAUUGUUAAAAAAAGAAAACAAGGGAAAAAUAUAAAAAAAUACAAUAAAUCAAUUUCGAGAAUGCAAUAAAAAGAAUGAUUAAUGA